AAAGAGCUCCUUUUGGAUCUCUUGGUUUUCCUUACCCCCUUCCCUCUCCUCGGUUUCUUAUGGAUAUUAUGGCUAAAAAUGCAACUAUUUUAGAGAGUCCAUGGCCUGAAAAUUUCUGGGAUGAUCUUAUAAUGUCCUUCACUGUGUCCAUGGCCAUUGGACUUGUUAUUGGAGGUAUCAUCUGGGCACUGCUUGUUUGUCUGUCCAGACGAAGAGCUAGUGCCCCUAUCUCCAGAUGGAGUUCAAGCCGUCGUUCCAGACCUUAUUCCCACAGUCUCAACAGGACUGGAUUUUAUCGUCACAGUGGCUGUGAACGUCGCAGCAACCUCAGCUUGGCCAGCCUCACUUUCCAGCGGCAAGCUUCCUUGGAACAAGCCAAUUCCUUUCCUAGGAAAUCAAGCUUCCGGGCAUCUACUUUUCAUCCUUUCUUACAGUGUCCUCCACUACCUGUAGAAACUGAUAGUCAACUAAUGACACUUCCUUCCACCAAUACCUCCCCAAUCAUCAGUACCACCCACAGUUUGAGCCGUCCUGACUUUCAUUGGUCUAACAAUAGUCUUCGUGUUGGUCUUUCAACUCAGACUCCUCCACCAGCUUAUGAGUCUAUUAUAAAGGCUUUCCCAGAUUCUUAAAUAGAAGAUUAUUUCUGCUUUUUUUUCAUGAGAGGUAAUAACAAUAAAUUAAAUAAAGUUGAGUAGGGAGUGCAGUCAAGAUAAUUGGAGAGUGUUCAAGCCAAUACCAUGUUGGUAAUGUUGAAAGUUGAUGCACUAUGUUUGGUUUGUACAAAAAAAUUGCCUUUGUAUCACAAAAAAUUCAUGUUCUACUAUAUAAGUUUUGUAUUAUGAGGCCUUUAGAAUAGAGGAAUGGGUCUGUUGAAAUAUUGUAUAUCCCCUUUCAUGUUUUUUUUUGUUUUUUAAAUAUAACUGACGAACUUAUAUUUUUAAGAGUCUUUUGCUUUGGAUAAGUAUUAUUUAAAGCCCCUUCCCUAUACUUCAUGAAGAAAUUUUUUUCUCUUUUUUGAAAGAGAAAAGUUCCUUCAUUUUGAUAUGAAAUCACAUUGCCAAACAACUUUAAAUCACUAGUGGUUUUAAAAAAUUGUGAUAAAAAAAGAAUGAUUUUAGAUAGACCUAUAAAAAAGAUCAUAGGAAAAUAAUCAUAAGAAGAUGACAUCAUUAGAAGUAUCAGACUUUUUGAUUUCUAGAGUGACUCUCUUAUGGCUUUUCUACAUUAUGAUUAUUUUUGUCAAUAAGGUUACUAUGUAGAUCUCAUACUUGGAAGGAAGGGAGGGGAACAAGCAUUUAUAUAGUGCUACUAUGUGCCAAGAACUAUGGUAAGCAAGUUUUAUGAAUACUGUAUCAUUUGAUCCUCACUACAACCCUAGGAGGUAGGUGCUAUUAUUAUUCCCAUUUUAUAAUUAAGGAAACUGAGGGUCAGAGAACUAGUAAUUAUAUAAGGCCAGAUUUGUACUUAGAUGUUCCUGAUUCCAGCCCCAGUACUAUAUCCAAUGCUCCACCAGCUGUCCUAGAUUUACUAAAUGGGAUGUCAGAACUUUCAUUGUUAUCACUGUCUUUCAUUUUUUAUUGUCAUGACUGGAAAACAAUAAAGCUGUAUUUUGUAGCAAGAAGGGAAUAAAUUUUAUAAUAAAACAACAUGGCCUUAAAGGACAAGAUAUUCUUAUGUUAAUGUUUAUAUCUGAUUUAUAUCACAGAAAAACUAAAUAUCUAUUUCUAUCAGUAUCAUUUUCUUUGCAUUUAAGGUGGAAUAAUUGAUCAAAGGAAAGUCCUAUCCUUUAUAAAAAUAAAGUUUAGCUUUUGUUUCAAAGAAGCCAUUCCUAUUUAAGCAAUAUGAACUGCUGAGUGCAAAAUCUCCUUUUAUUUUUGCUUACCAAUAAAAUAUAUUAAAUGGCGUGGGGUACAUACAUAUGGAUCUAUGUAGUGUGAAGGGGUCUAUUUCUAUGGACUGUCAUCCUCCUUAAAAACACCUCUCCAGCUGCUGGAAAAUAUAAUUGUUUCAAAUUUAUGCUGAUGCUCUGGCCUUUGUCAGGCAAUGGGUUCAGUUAUUCUAAAUGAGUUGCAUAGUUAGGUUGAGUUAUGGUGAAAUUGCAGUUUGUAUUUUGGAAUGAAAAUUUGCAUUUUAUAGAGGAAAAAUCUUUCAUUUUUGUUUCUAAUAGUGAGUGGUGCCAUUAAUGGUAGCUAAAUAGAGGUCUAAAAUUUAUUUUUUAAUUAAUUUUGACAUUCUACUUAAGCUCUACUUGAUAAUUUAAAUAAGACUUCUUUUGUGCCUUUUUAUUCCAUGAUUGAAAUUGUUUUUUCUGAAUAUUGCCUUUCAGAUUUGAUGCUAUGUUAUCUUUUAAAAAACUUUAUGGUGAUCAGAUUGCUACAAGGUGCUCUUAAAUGGGGAAUUUUUUUAGAUGAAACUUUUGUUAUCAACCUAAAUGAGAUUUUUA